AAACAGAGGCUUCCUGACAAGAGGUGAUGUCCUGCCGUCCAAGGUCAUUUUUAAAAAGGCUCAUUGUGCAGGAUUGGUAGAAGCCGUCAGACCGCCGGGGAAACGGUGCUUUACUUUAAGCGCGCUUUUCCAGCUGCCUCUCGUUUCGUUAAUCUGUAAGGGCGAGAGGCAGCCAUGUCGCUCUUGGCCGCUUUGAUAGGGUGUCUCCUUGUCUGUCAGCCAAAACAGAGGCUUCCUGACAAGAGAAAUUCUGCUAAUAAGAUGUUGAAAGGCAAAGUGCCGCGAUGGCGGGUUGAAGCACAGAGCCUACCUUAUUCUCAAUAUUUUCUCGCCGAAAAGAAGCCACAAGACUUCGACCAUGUUAAGUUCCUGACUUGGUUGCAGCCAUCUAGCCUAGAGCGUAGGGAGCUUACAAGUGAAUGGCUAGACAAAGUGAUCCCAGCACUCCAAAGCUGUUCUUAUAAAGAGUUACAGGAUUCAGGCAACCGUCUCAAAAGAGAAUGGAAUUCGAAAAUUGCUAGUAGAGGUAUUUUCUGGUCUAAUCUCGCCGAGUCUGAGAAACGGGAGCAGGAGAAAAAAGAAAGAAUGGCCAGGCUCAAAGCUGGUGGGGAGGAGCGAUUACAAGCUGCCGAAAAAUUCAUUAUUGAUGAGACAAAAAAGGAUUUCAGUAAAGAAGUCGAAGAAAGUUAUAAUUACGAUUGUAAUGGUGUUUGGCGUUGUGUUCUGAUGCUAAUGUAUUUGUCGCUUGUGCAUAAUAGAGGAUGCCACAAAUGAACUAGCUUCAACUUCAUCAUUGGCAGCAAAAUCCUCACUCAAUAUACAAGGUAAAUGGCUAGUUAUCUUGAGGAAAUAAUAAGUUGCAUUCAAGCAGAC